GCCAUUGCCGCUGCGGUGACGGUGAUUCCUUCUACUGACCGUGACUCGCAUGUUCGGCUUCAAACUUUUCGCCCUCCGCUGUUAGAUGUUACGGUGCAUGAUGCGCAAAACCUGUGUCCAGGGUAUCUGUUCGUGGCUCCUUAUUCCCAAUUGGAAGCAAAACAGAUAACAGAUCCUGCUGAGGCGUACAUCACUGGUCCGAUGAUAUAUGAUCAUACUGGACAUCUGAUCUGGAUUGGAUCUACCAUGUUCCCUGGACGAGAUGCCUACGACUUCAGGACCGUAACAUAUAAAGGCGAAACCAUGCUUUCUUUUAUCAUCUCGCCAAACAAGUUCUAUCCUGAGCAUCCGGAAGGAAUGGCUGUUCUCCUCAACAGCCACUAUGAGAUCGUCAACAUGACUUUGCCAUUAUUCAACACGCCAGAUAGGCUCGACAACAGAAAAGUCAGCCUGGGACUGGUUNNCCACGCAAACUCCAUCGACAAAGACGCCAAAGGGGACUACCUCCUCUCUUCCCGGCACACAAGUUCCAUCUACAAGAUAUCCGGCAGCGAUGGCUCCAUCCUCUGGACACUGAGUGAAAAAAGCCACGACAUCGACCACUCUAACAACUUUAAGUUCUCCUGGCAACACGAUGCGCGAUUUCUCUCCUCCAACGCCUCCACAACCAUCCUCUCAUUCUUCGAUAAUGCAGGCGUGGGCAUCAGCGAUCCCCUGAAAACAACAGGAAACUGGAGUCGUGGAGUUGUACUCGAGAUCAAUACUUCUUCCUCCCCAAUGACCACAAAACUAAUCCACAGCUACGAUCAUCCAGAUCGUGAGAUCUCGAUAGCAAGGGGCAAUAUGCAAACACUGUCCAACACCAAUACAUUCAUCAAUUGGGCUACUUCUGGUCAAAUCUCUGAAUUUACUGCUUCUGGUACUCCUCUGAUGACGGCGAGAUUCUCGGAUGGAAAGAUGAGUACUUAUCGCAGUUACAAGGCCGCUUUUGUGGGAAGACCACAUACAUCACCACUUCUAAAAUCCAUGGUACAUGGUUCUUCCGCCGCUUCCUCCAACACGUUUCACUAUUUCAGUUGGAAUGGGGCUACCAAUGUCAAAGCCUGGAAACUUUGGGGUGCUGAGAGAAAUGUCUCUGGGAGCUUUUCUCUGCUUGCUAGCGUGGACAAGGCGGGGUUCGAGACUAUGUAUAUGACGAAAGGACAUAUUGCAUUCGUGUACGUUGAAGCCGUCGACUUCAAAAACAAGGUCAUGGGAAGAUCUCUUGUUGUUGCUUCAGAGGUGCCGAAGAAUUGGAUGGGUGGACGAAUUUGCACUGGAAACGGUGCUUGCAAGGAUAUCGAGGAAAUCCCAGGGGUCAAGAACUCUACAGAAACCGAUGAUGCUUCUACUGGGCUGCUGGGGAAAAGCAUCAAAACACAAUACCCAAANUUUUCGCUGACG